UCUGCUCCAGCACCACCUCCCUCUGCUCCAGCACCACCUCCCUCUGCUCCAGCACCACCUCCCUCUGCUCCAGCACCACCUCCCUCUGCUCCAGCACCACCCCCCUCUGCUCCAGCAACACCUCCCUCUGAUCCAGCACCACCUCCCUCAGCUCCAGCACCACCUCCCUCUGCUCCAGCACCACCUCCCUUUGCUCCAGCAACACCUCCCUUUGCUCCAGCACCACCUCCCUCUGCUCCAGCACCACCUCCCUCUGCUCCAGCACCACCUCCCUCUGCUCCAUCACCACCUCCCUCUGCUCCAGCAACACCUCCCUCUGCUCCAUCACCACCUCCCUCUGCUCCAGCACCACCUCCCUCUGCUCCAGCAACACCUCCCUCUGCUCCAUCACCACCUCCCUCUGCUCCAGCAACACCUCCCUCUGCUCCAUCACCACUUCCCUCUGCUCCAGCACCACCUCCCUCUGCUCCAGCACCACCUACUUCUGCUCUGCCUAUAACCCCUCUUCAGUCUGCUACACAAUCUCUGGCAGAGAAAUAUGUGCAUGAUGCUUUUGAAGGAAAAAACGUCUAUGUCCUUCUGUCAAAAGUGAAUGGAUAUAAGUUGUUUUACUGGGACAUUAAUAAAAUCGAUCCUGACAUGGAACUGGAGAGUCAGGUGGGUACAVUGAUUAUAUUAUUUUUGAAAUAUCCCAGCUGUUACAGUAUUUAACUAAUCUUUUUUUUCCUUCUUAAAAAUUUGCAGUCAAUUAAUGCAUUUAUGGCUGUCAUUGUGAAGGAUUACAACAGCAAGAACACAGGACAGGCUGCGUUCAUAGAUUCAUUUGAAAUGACAGCAAUGUGGGAGGGAAAAAGUCCUAGAUUAUAGGUUGCUCUUACACAUUCCGCUGUGUUUUUCUGUGUUAGUCUUACAUGUGUUGUUAGGAUUUUUAAAUCGAUUAAAAUAAACUAUGUUUAUGGUUA